CUUAUUCACCAGGGCCCCUGAUGGUGGGGAUGAACUUGGAGCAGACUGAGACCAGGUCGCGACCCCGAGUACGUCCGGAAAUGGUAGAGAGCGCCGCCAGAGGUGUGCAAGUAAUGGAGCCUGACAUGAAGUGGUUGGCAGGCCUGCUAACAGGGACAGAUCCGUGCUGGAUGGAUGGAUGGAUCGUCAGGGUAGCAUGAGGCGUAGUCAGGCAGGCCAGGUCAGCAACGUGCGGGCAGCGAGGUACCGGAGGAGCAGGCAGAGAAUGGUCAGGGUCACAAGCCGGGUUCAGUAACUCACGGGCAGCACGGUACAAGAGGAUCAGGCAGAAGGAUGGUCAGGCAAGCCAGGGGUUAAACAGGAGACGGUCAGCAGGGUACAGGGGCUCAUGGAAAA